GAGGUUCUGGAUCCCGGGAGGCGUGAGGACCGCGGGAUGGAGCCUGGGUCGGACGCUCGGGGCCCGCGGCUCCGGUCCCGUCGCGCUUUCGUCCCUUCUGGGUGACCUCAACCCCUUUAUACCGACCCCACCUCUCAGGCGCCGCGAGUACCGCCCCGUGGGGGAGGGGAAGAGGCGGUGACAACCGCGCGCGCGGGUUGGGCCGUCGCGGCCGCCGUAGUCCACCCGUGGAAACGCCGUACCCGGGGGGGACGCCGAGACCGAGAGGUCCUGGCUUGAGCCACCGGCGGACAUCAGUGAGCGGGAUCGCGGGCUGCCCGCGGAGCUGCCGCCGUCAUGGCCGACUACUGGAAGUCACAACCAAAGAAAUUCUGUGAUUACUGCAAGUGCUGGAUAGCAGACAAUAGGCCUAGUGUUGAGUUUCAUGAAAGAGGAAAGAAUCACAAGGAAAAUGUGGCCAGGAGGAUCAGUGAGAUUAAACAGAAAAGCUUGGAUAAGGCAAAGGAAGAAGAAAAGGCAUCCAAGGAGUUUGCUGCCAUGGAGGCAGCCGCCCUGAAGGCGUACCAAGAGGAUCUGAAAAGGCUCGGCUUACCCCUACCCUCAGACAUUUCAGAGCCAACUGUAUCACCAGUCAUCAGCACUGUCCAACCCACCCCUACGUCAAAUCAACAGAAAGAGAAGAAAAAGAAGAAGAAGAAGAAAGAAGCUUCAAAGGGUGGAUGGGUGGAAGGCGUGACAGCCGACGGCCACUGCUACUAUUAUGAUCUCAUCACAGGAGCAUCUCAAUGGGAGAAGCCAGAAGGAUUUCAAGGGAAUUUGAAAAAGACAGCAGCAAAGGCCGUUUGGGUAGAAGGCUUAAGUGAAGACGGCUACACCUAUUAUUAUAAUACAGAAACAGGAGAAUCCAAAUGGGAAAAGCCUGAAGAUUUCAUCCCACAUGGCGGGGAUGUGCUUUCUAGUAAGGACAGUGGAAAGUUGCCCGACACCCUAGAAGACGCCAAGUCCUCCGAUUCUCACAGUGAUUCCGAAGGGGAACAGAAGAAAGCUGGAGAGGCCUCCACAGAGACCAAGAAGCUAAUCAUAAAGUUUAAGGAGAAAAAUAAAAGUACUGAGAAAAGAAUUGGCCCAGAAAUACAAAAAGAAAAAAGUACUCCAAAACAGAAUCCAUCAAAUACAAAUGAAGAAAAACCCAAAACUCUUAAGAAAUCGACAAACCCUUAUGGGGAAUGGCAAGAAAUUAAACAGGAGGCUGAGUCUCAAGAAGAAGUUGAUUUGGAACUUCCAAGCACUGAAGGGGAAUGUCUAUCAACUUCAGAAGCUGGCGUUGGGGAAAUCAAAGUGGUAUUUAAAGAGAAAACAGUUUCUUCUCUGGGAGUUGCAGCAGAUGGAGUGGCCCCAGUCUUCAAAAAGAGAAGACUUGAAAAUGGAAAAUCUCGAAACUUAAGACAGCGAGGUGACGACGAGUGACUGUGAAGCUAUGGAUGGAAGGGGUGUCCUUUCCAAGCUGCUCUGUGCUCUGUGAAGCUGUGGAGAGGAGGUGUGUCCUUUCCAAGCUCCUGUGCUUUGAAUACUGUAGUGCUGCAUUUUACAUUUAUGCUAAAUAUAUUUUAUGUGAAUCAAAAUAAAUCUUUUUUCAUGUGAAAUUUAUUUUUGUUCCUUAAGUGGUAGCCUACCACAUUGCAUUGUAAUACAGUGUAUUAUGUUCAAUGUCUAAAAUUGCUAAUUAUAUAAUAAUUUAAGAUGCUAUGUAUCUGUUAUUUAAAACAUGGGGAAGACCUUUGCUCUGUUCUUACUUAUAAACAUAUUUAUUCUGCAUUGAAAAUGCAUUAUUUCCAUAUGCUGAAAUUAACUUGUUACCUGAGAAGUAAGAAAUCAGACACAGCCCCAAGACAAUGUGGUUUUGACAGUCCUUUCUGAAGCCUGGAUGUAGAAAACUGCAGAUCGGCUUGUCUUACUCCAUUUAGGACGGAAGACCAGGAGAAGGACGCACCUGAGCACUGACGUGCAGAGUGACAGCUGGACCAAGGGUUGAAACCUGUGCUUGCCUCAGAUCAGCUGAUAGCUGUAGUAUCUUACAACCAUUUUAACAUGGGGCCAAGCCUUGGGGGGCUUGAGAUAGAGGGGCAGCCUCUGCCCUACCAUUGGUUACGUUCUGGCACAGCCCUUUCCCAGUCCGGCAUCCUUUUCAUAGCCCUGGAUCCGUUGGAAGGUUUACCUAAGUUAACUGCAAAAGGCUUGAACUGAAAUAGGUUGUGUUGUCCACUUAGAUGUUCCCCAUUUUCUGGUUCCAUUUCUUCAAAUAGAAGUUUCAUAUUCUAUUUGAAGUACUUCCCUUUAUUACUUUUGAAUAUUUUUAAUCAUUUUUCUUAAGUUGUACAGUACCUUUUGGUAGCAAAUGUCUUUUUACAAUUGUUAGUGUACAUGUAAGAAUAGCUUAUUAAAAACCAUAAAGUAAAUAUCGGGGUCUCUUUUUCUUCUAAUAUGCAUCAAAGUUACCUUAACAUUGACAAAACAGUAUUUGAAGUAUUAGUCUUGACAAUCACUCAGGCUGAAACUCUGUAUUUUGCGGUAUUUUAAUUUUUGUUUUGUUAAGAGUUUUGCUGUGUUGCCCUUGAAGACUAACCUCAAGUCCAGAUCCUCUGGCCUAAGAGUACUCAAGAACACUGGAAUUAAGGACUGGUGAGCCGGCUCAAGUGUGUAAGAGCACUGACUGCUCUACUAAAGGUCCUGAGUUUAAAUCCCAGCAACCACAUGGUGGCUCACAAUCACCCAUAAUGAGAGCUGACACCCUCUUCUGGUGUGUCUGAAGUCAGCUGCAGUGUGCUUAUGUAUAAUAAUAAAUCUUUAAAAGAAAAAGAAUAUUAAUGGGUAUACCAUGAUACCUGACUGAUAGUUGAGUAGUCUUUGACUAGGGUGGCCAAGGCCUCACCAUGCAUAUCUGGCUGCCUUCAAACUUGCAGUUACCCUCCUGCCUAAAACCUUAGUUCUGGGAUUGUUGGCGUGAGCCAACACACCCCACUGGUUUAUUGGGGGUUUUUGUAGUUGAUUGGGUUCUGCUUUUAUUUAGUUAGUUGGCUUGGUUUGAUGGGGGGGGGCGAGUAUUGUUGGUUUUGUUUUGUUUGAGACCCUCUUGUCUGCCAGGCUAGUCUGGAACAACUCCCUCCUAAAGUAGCUUGGCUGAAGAUGACCUUAAACUUGUGACUCUCCUGUUUUCCACUUCCCCAGAGCUACAGGUGUGUGCUACCCUCCCAGUUUCUGGGGUGCUAGACUGAGCAAGCACCAAUGGAGCCAUGAUCUGUUUUUCAGUUUUUAAUAGGCCAUUUGUUAUGUCUCUGAGGAAUAUAUAUCAGUCCUUGAUUCUUUUCAAGUUGGAAAAUACUAAAAGUGGAACCAGUGCUUUUAUAUUUUAUCCACAUUUAGCUCCUAUAAAAUAAAAUAUUGAAGACAUAUGC